AGGGGUGAGGUGGUCUAGAGAGAGAAAGAGAGGGAGAAUCUAUUGUUGUGCCAGGCUGCCAGCAAUGAAAUUGAAGGAUCAAAGCUUUCUCUCUCUCUGAAGCUGGCAUUUGCUUUGCUUUGCUUUGCUUUGUAGCAGAUUGUUCUCUCCAUCACCCACCCUCUCCUCCUACUUCCUUAUUUAUUACACCUCUCUCAAUUUUAUUAUUCAUUUAAACCCCAAAAAACUCAAAAAAAACAUCCCCUUCCUCUCUUCUCUACUCUUCUCAUUCCUCUCAAUGGAAUAGAAAUGUAAAAUGUGCUGAUAGAUAUAUAUAUAUACACACACACACACACACACAAAACAAAAGGAUGAUGUUUGAUCCUUGUUCACCAACAAUGGCUUCAUCUCCAUCUCUGUGUGGUGCAGAGAAGAAGCACUGGUGGCUUAGCAACAGAAAGAUGGUAGAUAAAUAUGUGAAAGACGCAAGAGUACUCAUUGCGAGUCAGGAACAGAGUGAGAUCGCAUCGGCUCUCAAUCUUCUCGACGCUGCUCUCGCUCUCUCUCCUCGCUUCGAGCUUGCUUUGGAGCUUAAAGCUCGUUCGCUUCUCUAUCUCCGGCGAUUCAACCACGUCGCCGAUAUGUUUCAGGACUACAUUCCCAGUCUCAAGAUGGCCUCCGAUGACUCGUCUUCUCUCUCAUCCGAUAACUCGUCCAAGGACCGAGUCAAGCUUCUGUCGUCGAAUAACUCGUCCGGUGACUCAGCGGAUUAUCCCUCUUUCAAGUGCUUCUCUGUUUCGGAUUUGAAGAAGAAGGUCAUGGCUGGUCUCUGUAAAAACUGCGACAAAGAAGGGCAAUGGAGGUACUUGGUUCUGGGUGAAGCCUGUUUCCACCUGGGUCUGAUGGAGGACGCAAUGCUUCUCCUCCAGACCGGAAAACGCCUGGCCACCGCCGCUUUCCGCCGCGAAAGCAUCUGCUGGUCCGACGACAGCUUCUCCUUCUCCAAACUCCCAAUCUCCGGCGAAAUCGCCACCAUUUCCAACCAACCUCCGAGCCCUCCAAAGGCGGAGACGGAGAGCAUAACCCAACUCCUCAGCCACAUCAAACUCCUCCUCCGCCGCAAGACAGCCGCUAUUGCUGCCCUCGACGCCGGACUCUAUUCCGAAGCAACUCGACACUUCUCGAAGAUCGUCGAUGGCCGCCGCGGAGCCCCUCAGGGCUUCCUCGCCGAAUGCUACAUGUACAGAGCAUCUGCGUAUAGAUCCGCGGGUCGUAUCGCCGAGUCCAUUGCUGAUUGUAAUCGGACUUUAGCUCUAGACCCGACUUCCAUUGAGGCCCUGAGUAGCAGAGCAUCACUCUUUGAAAGCAUCCGAUGUUUGCCUGACAGUCUUCACGAUCUUGAACAUUUGAAACUUCUAUACAAUUCAAUUCUACGUAAUCGAAAGCUACCCGGACCAGCCUGGAAGCGAAAAAACGUUCGAUACAGCGAAAUUCCUGGAAAGCUCUCUGCUUUAACUGCCAAGAUCCAAGAACUGAAGCAGAGGGUUGCGUCAGGUGAAACUGGGAAUGUAGAUUACUAUGCAUUGAUUGGGUUGAGAAGAGGAUGUUCGCGAUCGGAAUUGGAGAGAGCUCAUUUGUUGCUCACACUGCGGCACAAGCCUGAUAAAUCAAACAGUUUUAUAGAUCGCUGCGAGUUUGCAGACGAGCGUGAUAUUGAUUCAGUAAAGGAUAGAGCAAGAAUGUCGGCAUUGUUGCUAUUUAGGUUGAUUCAGAAGGGACACACUAGUGUGAUGAGGAUCAUCAUGGAGGAAGAAGCGGCGGAGGAGAGAAAGAAGGCUGCAGUUGCUUUACAAGCAGCUGCUGCGAUUCAUGUCCAACAAAACCACAAACAAACCAAAUUUGAAGCAGAAUUGAGUACACCCUCAACAGCGGAGAUCUCAAACAAAACCACAACGGCGGCGGCGUCAGUGUUUCAAGGGGUGUUCUGUAGGGACCUUGCAGCAGUUGGGAAUUUGCUAUCUCAAGUUGGGUUUAAUCGUCCGAUUCCAGUCAAGUAUGAAGCAUUAAGCUGCUGAUAAUCCUGAUCACGAUCAGAUUUCACCGGCCGGAGAAUCUGAUUCCCUGUUUGUACAAAAAGAAAAUUUACCAAUGCCAGCCGGGAAAAUUUUGUCAUUUCUUUUGAUUUCUCUAUCUUGUUCAUGUACAGAGUUAAAUUCAGAGUACUGCGAAUUUUCUUGUUUUGGAAAUUAAAAUUGGGUGUCAUUUUCUUUCACUGCUUCUUUCGUUAUUUUCCAUAGUGGGAAUGCGAGGGAAGGGAGUGAUUUGAUUCGCUUCAAAAUUGGGGGCCAUAUGCAGAAAACAGAGAAGCUGGCAUUUUUGGAUU